UUCAUUGAAGACGAGCGCAGCGAAGGGAGAUUAAUUUUGGGAACAGAGAUUGCAGCUGUGCAGAAACAGGGACGCGCGAAAAGACAAGAAAAACGCCAAUGUUUCUUCUUCCGAAUUGCAUCGCGGGUUGAAUUUUUUUUUUUCCUUUUUGUAAGUUAUAUUAUUAUACACAUGCGAGCGCGGGCAAUUUUGCAAAAAGAAGAAAAGGGGCUCUUCUGAAUUCAAGAAACGAUCAUGUUGAGGAGAUCUUGACUUGAAGUUGCGGAUUCGGCGAGACCCGCAUCUUGACUCGGACCCGCGGCUGCCGGCGGCUUCCGUUCGCCUUCGCACGCCGAGCGGUCACUGGAGCGGCGCCAGGCCAUGUGAGGUGGUUCGCCAGCCAGGCAAGGACGAUGCUCUUCUCUCCGGACCUGGGGAGCGCCGGGAGCAUCGGGAGCGCCGGGAACACCGGGAACGCGGGCGCCUGAACCGGGAGCGCGCUUUGGCUGUUCUCGUCCCCGGCGCCCAGAAGCAGAAGCAGAAGCCAUGGCCUCGGAGGUUCUCUGCGGGCUCCUCUUCAGGCUGCUGCUCCCCGUCUGUCUUGCUGCAGCGUGUUUGUUCCGCUACAAUGGGCUGUCUUUCGUCUACCUCGUCUACCUCCUGCUCAUUCCCCUUUUCGCGGAACCAUCCAGAACGACGAUGCGGGGCCAUACGGGGCACCUACUGAAGUCCCUCUGUUUCAUAAGUGUGACAUUCCUGCUGCUGCACAUCAUCUACCAGACCUGCUUAAACAGCCUGCUGGCAGGAAAUAGUUUGGACCCCAACUUUAACUGCUCAACAUGGGAAAAAACAUUUCGUCAGCUGGGGUUGGAGAGCGUGAGGGGGGCCGACGUGGGCAACGGCAUCCGGGUGUUCGUCCCGGACGCGGGCGUGUGCGUGGCCAGCCUGGUGGCGUGGCUGCUCUGCCGCACUCUGCUGCUGGAGAAGGUGGACGAGUCGCUGCCGCCGCCACGGCGUCCGGACCUCGAGACGGAGGAGCAGAAGGACAAGGAGUGCGAGGAGCAGGAGGGAGACAAGCUCGACGAUGACGUGCUGCGUGAAGAAGACCUCGAGGAUGAGGAGGGGUCCGAGUGUCCCGACGAGGAGCUGCGGGACGUCCAGCCGCAGGAGGGAACCAAGAUGAGGAUCCUCCGACGGGUGGCGGGCGUGGCGUCCGAACUCAAGGAAAUCGUUGGCAAUCUCAUUACCACGGCAGGGAAAGUAGUCGUAACCAUAUUACUCGGCUUAACAGGGAUUACGCUGCCCUCGCUCACCUCGGCUGUGUACUUCCUGCUUUUCCUGGGCCUCUGCACCUGGUGGUCGUUGUGCCGCACCUUCGAACCGCUCGUCUUCAGCUGCCUCUGUGUGCUGAUGGCCAUCUUCAGCGCGGGCCACCUGGCCGUGCUCUAUCUCUACCAGCUGCAGACCUUCCAGGAGCUUAUCUCGCCCACGGACAAGUAUAUCAGUUUGUUUGGCAUAUCCUCCAUCAUUCAGCACGAUUGUUCGCAGACGUGGAAGUUCAUUGUGAACCCCAACCUGGAGUGGUUCUACUUUGCCAAUCCCAUCAUGCUCCUGGUGCUCUACUACACCCUGGCCACCUUGAUACGCCUCUGGCUCCAGGAGCCCGUGGACCCUGCGCAGUGCGCGGAGGAGGAGGAGGAGGAGGAGGAGGAGGGGCGGGGGGACGAAAAGCCGGCGCGUCGCGGCUCCGGUGCCGAGAAGAAUGGACAGAUUUUCCCCCCGCCGGAUGGCUACAGCACGUCAGUGAUGCUGGUGGCCCCCAACGGUACCCGCCUCGACUACCUGUCCAGCGGCGUCCCCUGCGAGAGCGAGCCGGCGAGACCGGGCCCCUGGACCGCUGCGGAGGACGCGCGGGACACACGGAGCCCGGCAGGGUCUAAGACGGGGGGACGGGAGUCCGAGGAGGAGCGGGGCGCCACGGUGAGCUCCGCGGUCGCAGCCUUCCGGUUCAUCAUGAAGCAGAGCUACAUCUGCGCUCUCAUUGCCAUGAUGGCCUGGAGCAUCACCUACGUGAGUUGGCUGACCUUUGUUUUCCUCAUCUGGUCGUGCACCCUGUGGAUGGUGCGGGACAGACGCAAGUACGCCAUGCUCACGUCGCCCUUCAUGGUGCUCUACGGGAACUUGCUCAUCGUGCUGCAGUACGUGUGGAGCUUCGAGGUGCUCCAGGGCGUCCCGGGCCUCUUCCUCAAGAAGGAGGUGCCCUUCCGCGAGCUGGGCUCCAAGGUCCUCUGUCUGCUGACCUUCUGGCUGCUGCUGCGACAGGCGCUGAUGGAGCGGAGGGAGAAGCUGCAGGAGGACGUGGGGCUGUCCCAUGUCCGGGUGGGCGGAGCCACCAAGGAGGACAAGAGUGACGGCGCUGCCGGCGACAAGGAGGUCGUUCACGUCCUCGGCAACAUCGUGAUGUCCAUGUUCGCCAAGUACUGGAUCUACGUCUGCGGAGGCAUGUUCUUCUUCGUCAGCUUCGAGGGCCGCAUCGUCAUAUAUAAAAUCAUCUACAUGAUGCUCUUCCUUUUCUGCGUGGCCCUCUACCAGGUGCACUACGAGUGGUGGAGGAGGAUCCUCAAGUAUUUCUGGAUGUCUGUCGUCGUGUACACGAUGCUCGUGCUCAUCCUUGUCUACACGUUCCAGUUCGACUCCUCGCUCCACGUGUGGUCGAACAUGACCGGGCUGAGUAAGCAAAAGCUGGAAGACCUGGGGCUGGAGAAGUUCUCCGUUCCGGUGCUUUUCACCAGAAUUUUCAUCCCUACCUCCUUCCUGCUCGUCUGCAUUCUGCACCUGCACUAUUUCCACGAGCGCUUCCUGCAGCUCACGGACCUGAGCGCCAUGGCAGCCAAGCAGGAAAGCGCUGUUUACAGACUUGCUCAUCUCGACGGCAGCUUACCCGACAUCAGCAUGAUGAAGUCGUCCUCUGGCGAAAGCGUGAGUGUGGAGGGAGGAAGGGGAGCGGAGGAGCCCACGGAGCCGGACGGCAAAGCCCAAGGGCAGCUCCGCGCCGAGGACCCCGAAACGGAGAGAACACAGACUCGACAUCUUCGCUCCGUUUUAACUAAGUGGAAGACGGAACAAUUGCGGUAUCUGAAAAACAAGUGGCACUUGGUCAUGGAUCGGAUAACUGUGCUCUUCCUCAAGUUCCUGGAGUGCUUCCACAAGAUGCAGCUCUUCAUCUGGUGGCUUCUUGAGCUGCACAUCAUCAAGAUCGUGUCCUCGUACAUCAUCUGGGUCUCCGUGAAGGAGGUGUCACUGUUCAAUUACGUUUUCUUGGUGAGCUGGGCCUUCGCUCUUCCGUUCAGCCAGUUCCGGCCUUUGGCUUCCAGCGUGUGCACCGUCUGGACGUGCGUCAUCAUUGUGUGCAAAAUGCUGUACCAGCUGACGUCCAUCCAGCCCGCCUUGUACUCCAAAAACUGCUCCAUGCCGCUCAACUACACGGACGCGCAGAGGAGCGAGAUGCAGACCUCCGUCCUCUACAGCAGCCCUGUGGAUCCUGCCCACUGGGUGGGCCUUAGGAAGUUCUCUCCUGUGCUGGAGAACCUGCGGAACAACCUGCUCAUGUUGGCCCUGCUGGCCUUCGAAGUGACCGUUUAUCGUCACCAGCAGUUCUACCGGCUGAAGAGCAACCUCACGGUUCCCGUCACCAAGACCAUCUUCCACGACAUCACGAGGCAUCACCUUGACGACGGCAUCGUGAACUGCGCCAAGUACUUCAUCAACUACUUCUUUUACAAGUUCGGGCUGGAGACCUGCUUCCUCCUGGCGGUGAACGUCAUCGGCCAACGGAUGGACUUCUACGCCAUGCUCCACGCCUUCUGCUUGAUCGCCGUCAUGCAGCGGCGCCGGAGGAAGGCCAUCGCCGACGUCUGGCCCAAGUACUGCUGCUUCCUGGCCUGCAUGCUGACCUUCCAGUACUUUGUGUGCAUCGGCAUCCCACCUGUGGCCUGCACAGACUAUCCGUGGAGGUUUCCUUCUUCCACCGUGGACUCGAAUGUCAUCAAGUGGCUCUACUUCCCUGAUUUCCACACGAAGCCCAACCCCCUCUUCCUCCUCUACGACUUCAUGCUGCUCCUAAGCGCCUCCUUGCAGAGGCGAGUCUUCGAGGACGAGAACCAGGAGGCGGUGGCCGCGGUGGCCGGAGACAACGUGGAAAUUUGCCGGGACCUGGACGCUGCCUCGUUCAGCCAGCACAACCCCGUGCCGGACUUCAUCUACUGCAGGUCGUACCUGGACAUGCUGAAGGUAAUCAUAUUCAGCUACCUCUUCUGGUUUGUUCUCACCAUCAUCUUCAUCACGGGCACCACCCGCAUCAGCAUCUUCUGCAUGGGUUACCUGGUGGCCUGCUUCUACUUCCUGCUCUUUGGCGGGAACCUGCUGCUCAAGCCCAUCAAGAGCAUCUUGCACUUCUGGGACUUCCUCAUUGCCUACAACGUGUUUGUCAUUACCAUGAAGAACAUACUUUCUAUCGUGGCCUGCGGCUACAUCAAGGCCCUGGUUGCCAACAGCUGUUGGCUCAUUCAGCUCUUCAGUCUGGCCUGCACCAUCAAGGGCUACUCGCGUCCGGAGCCCAACAAGCAGUGCGAGCUGCCCAGCGACGAGGCCGGAAUCAUCUGGGACAGCAUCUGCUUCGCCUUCCUGCUGCUGCAGCGUCGCGUCUUCAUGAGUUACUACUUCCUGCACGUGGUGGCUGACAUCCGCUCCUCCCAGGUCUUAGCAUCCAGAGGGGCUGAGCUCUUCCAGGCCACCAUCGUGAAAGCUGUCAAGGCGCGUAUCGAACAAGAGAAAAAGUCCAUGGACCAGCUCAAGAGACAAAUGGACCGCAUUAAGACCCGCCAGCAGAAGUUUAAGAAGGGUAAGGAGAGGAUGAUGAGCUUGGCCCAGGAGUCAGUGGAGGGACUGGCUGCGAAGAGAGAGGAAGAUGGCGAUGAAGCAGCAGCAGACAAGGGAAGGAUCCAGAGCAGGAGAAAGCAGUGGUGGCGCCCAUGGGUGGACCAUGCUUCUAUGGUCCGCAGCGGAGACUAUUACCUGUUUGAAACGGACAGCGAGGAGGAGGAGGAGGAGGAGGAGAGGAAAGAGGAAGAGCCACCAAAAAAGUCCGCUUUUCAGUUCGUUUACCAGGCUUGGCUCUCGGACUCCGGCGCAGCCCUGAAAGAGAGGAGCGGGGAGGGGCGGAGCUUCUGGAAGAAGUACGCUGGAACAAAGGGCAAAGCGAGCGAGGACAAGAAGGAAGGAGCCCAGGUGACUAUUGAGGUGGGGGAGGAUGAUCAAGACACUGGAGAAGACAAGUCUGAUGAGCCAGACAACAUCAUCAGGCGAGUUUUCAACAUCAUGAAGUUCUCCUGGAUCCUCUUCCUGGCUGUGCUGGAGAGCUUCACCAACUGGCUCAACUCCAUGUGCCGCGAGUACAUUGACAUUUCAACCGUGCUGCGUACCGAGCGCUGCAUGCUCACUCGCCAGAUCAAAAAGGGCCACGUUCCUUCCCGGGAGAGCAUUCAUAUUUACUACCAGCAGCAGAUGCGCAUGAACCUCUCCCGAGAGUCGGGACUGGACGGCACGACUGAGGACUACUCCAUGUCCAGCGUCCAGCCGGUGGAGUACGGGCAGACUGAACUGGGCGUCCAGAGCCUGGACUCUGCGGCGUCCCGGGAAAGCCUAUCUAGUGCCUUCACUGAGGCCACCACGCUCUUCUCUCGCCAGUCCACCCUGGACGAGAGCGAAGGGGCUGCUGAGAGCGUCCCCAAGACCAGCGAACGCGCCCGGCCUAAGUUGCGCAGAAUGUACAAUGUGGACCUUUCCUCCCCAUCCGGGAGCAGCGGCGGCAGCAGCAUCGCGUCCAGCGAGCCCACCCAGCGACAGGGCACAGCUGGCACCAUUCACAAGAUGGAGGAUGAGCGGGAACACGUGCACACCUCUCGGGUGGAGGCGGACAGUGGACGCAGGGAUUCCACAGUACUGGAGCUGGCACAGGACGAGUGCUGUGUCUGCAGCGGGGUGGACGUUGGCCAAGACUCCCUGCACCCCUUGGAGCUCCGCCUCAGUACCCCAGAUAUGGGCUCCUGCUCUGGUGCUGAACCACCGCCCUCCUACAGCAAGGCAGUCAGUUUUGAUCGCGUGUCCAUCUGUUCAGAUGACCGAGUGGACGGCCCGCUGUCCUCCCUGACUCAUGAGCUGACGGCCAGUGAGCUCCUGCGCAACAGGAUGUUCCACGAUGAGGAGCUCGAGGCCUCGGAGCGUUUCUACCAGGAGCAGCCCCCGGUGCUACAGCUGGCCUACGCCCUGUACAACAUGCUCGUGGCCCACUCUGAGAUGGUCUGCUACCUGGUCAUCGUUGUCAACCACAUGAUAUCCGCCUCUGUGGCCACGCUGGUGCUGCCGAUCCUCAUCUUCCUAUGGGCCAUGCUGUCCGUCCCCCGGCCCAGCAAGCGCUUCUGGAUGACGGCCAUCGUGUACACGGAGGUGACCAUUGUGAUAAAGUACUUCUUCCAGUUUGGCUUCUUCCCCUUCAACCAGAACAUCGAGCUGGACAAAACGAAGCCCUUCCACCCGCCCAACAUCAUCGGUGUGGAGAAGAAGGACGGAUAUGUGCAUUAUGACUUGGUCCAGCUGCUGGCCCUCUUCUUCCACAGGUCCAUCCUCAAGUGCCACGGCUUGUGGGAUGAGGACGAUCCCAGGGGGUCGAGGAAGGAGUCGGCGCCGGGCAAGAAAGACCUUAAGGACACUGGGGGGCAGGGGGGCUCCCGUAGCUCCGUGGCGUCCGCUGGGCCAGAGGGGGCCUUCGGUUCGCUCCCUGACUGCGGUGGGAACUCGGGCUCCCGGGCAUCUUACCGCUCCUCGCGCUGGGCCCGCUCCAGAAGAGGCGUCGCCAGCGUGUCCAGCAGGAGCAGUAGCACCAGCAGCAGACGCGCCGCCGGCGUUCACGGCGCCACCCGGAGGAGCCGCAGGGAGCUGCUGCUGGACAAGCUGAUGGAGCAGCUGGCGAGGGCCAAGGCCUUCACCGUCAGGCAAACCCUGGAGAUCUACACACCCAUCCGCCAGUUCUUCUACAGCCUCAUCCAUCCAGAGUACAGCGCCGUCACCGACGUCUAUGUGCUCAUGUUCCUGGCCGACACGGUCGACUUCAUCAUCAUCGUCUUUGGGUUCUGGGCCUUUGGGAAACAUUCAGCAGCUGCCGAUAUCACGUCCUCCCUGUCAGAGGACCAGGUGCCCGAGGCCUUCCUGGUCAUGGUCCUUAUUCAGUUUGGCACCAUGGUUGUGGACCGAGCGCUGUACCUCAGGAAGACGGUCAUGGGCAAAGUCAUCUUCCAGGUGAUCCUGGUCUUUGGAAUCCACUUCUGGAUGUUCUUCAUCUUGCCUGGAGUCACGGAAAGGCGGUUCAGCCUGAACACGGUGGCCCAGCUGUGGUACUUCGUGAAGUGCAUUUACUUCGGUCUGUCGGCGUACCAGAUCCGCUGCGGCUACCCGACCCGCGUGCUCGGAAACUUCCUGACCAAGAGCUACAACUAUGUGAACCUCUUCCUCUUCCAGGGGUUUCGACUGGUCCCCUUCCUGACGGAGCUGCGCGCCGUGAUGGACUGGGUCUGGACGGACACCACGCUCAGCUUGUCCAGCUGGAUCUGUGUGGAGGACAUCUACGCGCACGUGUUCGUGCUCAAGUGCUGGAGGGAGUCGGAGAAGAGGUACCCCCAGCCCCGAGGGCAGAAGAAGAAGAAGGUGGUGAAGUACGGCAUGGGCGGCAUGAUCGUGAUGCUGCUCAUCUGCAUCGUGUGGUUCCCGCUGCUCUUCAUGUCCCUCGUUAAGUCUGUGGCCGGAGUGGUCAACAAACCGCUGGACGUCUCUGUCAAGAUCACCCUGGGGGGCUUCCAGCCAAUCUUCACCAUGAGCGCUCAGCAGAAUCAGCUGAAGGACAUCAGCGAUGCCGAGUUUGCCGAGUUAACCGCCGUUUACAAGUACGCUCCGGGCGCCAUGCAGUUCCUGGAGGCGUACACGUCCGACGACGUCACCGUGGCCGAGCUGGAGGGCAGCUCCAACUCCCUGUGGACCAUCAGCCCCCCCAGCAGGAGGAAUCUCAUGGAGGUGCUCAGCAAGGAGGACCAGUUCCCGGUCACCAUGACCUGGUCCAUUCAGAGGAACCUGAGCCUCGGGGCCAAGGCCGAGCUCGCCUCCGACAAACACGUGAGCCACCUGGACACGAAGACCCGGCAGGAGCUGAUCGAGUUGUUAAACGGCACGAGAAGGGAGGCGGUGCUCAUCACCAACGUGUUCCCCUGCUUCAUCAGAGCGCCCAGCGACUCCAACGCGAAGCCUGUCGACCAGCUCUAUGACGACAACGGAUACAAGAACAUCACGCUGGCUCUCGAGAGGAACCGCAACGGCACGGGCGAGGUCCAGGAGUGGUGGAUCGUCGACCAGCCUUCGAGCGAGAAGCUGAGCGUGAGGAAACAGGACAAGAAGAAGGAGGCUGGUCUCGAGCUGUACGUCUUCAGCGACAAGGUCAGCCCACCGAGCCUGGGCUUCCUGGCCGGAUACGGGAUUAUGGGUCUUUACGCCUCGGUCGUCUUGGUCAUUGGGAAAUUUGUGCGCGAGUUCUUCAGCGGCAUCUCGCACUCCAUCAUGUUCGAGGAGCUUCCAUGCGUGGACCGCAUCCUCAAGCUCUGCACCGACAUCUUCCUGGUGCGCGAGACGGGCGAGCUGGAGCUGGAGGAGGACCUGUACGCCAAGCUCAUCUUCCUGUACCGCUCGCCCGAGACCAUGAUCAAGUGGACGCGCGAGAAGACCAAGUGAAGGCCCGCAAGAAUCC